AAAACAAAACAAUAGAUAAGGUGGCAACUCUCCGCGUUCGGAACAAGCAAACGGUACAAAACAGUGUGCAGGUGUUCCUCCGUUCCUAGCCCGUAGUUUGUUAUGUGAGGCUACCCGUGGCAACCAACAGACAGCAAGCAAGCGAAAUAUGUCCGCGCAAUUGAACGGCAUCGGACGGUGGUCGGCAAACAAUGCGAAGCGCCGCCAACAGCCAGCGCAACCGUGCUGCGAUAGUGAGGAAUCGUCGCUGGAUGAAUUUCUAGAGCACGAGCUGCUGUGCUGGCUGAACGAGGAUAAGCCGAUCGGUGAGGAGAUAGCGACCCUCCGACCGGAACUGUACGGUGAGCUGAACCACUUGUUCGGGGUGGCGAACGAGACGGACAACCGGUGCGUGGAAGACAUACUGGCGGAGGCAGAACGAUUGAUGCUGCAGGAUCCGCACGGUACUGUCGCGGACCCUGGUACACAUUCGCCGAUGGGGUGGGGCGAAUUACUCCUACCGGAGAUGGACCCAUCGCCGAAACGUGACAACGUAUACCGGCCAACAGUGAGCCCCAACUGUAUGAAGGUGCUAGAUGUUGGCUGUCGUGGUAAUUAUAAUGCUACAUCCGAUAGCAACCCGCAACCCGAAACAAUAGACACAUCCAAAUCAUCCAAUCUUACUAGAGCAACCAAUGGCGAGGAUCUUUCGGCUAACCUAACCGUAGCAAAAAACACAACAUCAACAUGCACGCCGCGACAGCGACGACACCUCGAUCAACCGACAGCUAUCAAACACGUGGAGGAAACGCGACCGGAAUCACCAUACGAACAAUGCGGGCGUAAUCGCCCUCUGAAGCAGUCAGCACACUGUAACAUAAACACCCCAGCACGUCUAGACCGUCAGCAGGUCAUGUGCGACAGGUCCACGCAACCAUCGCCCACGCCUGAGGAUAAUGAAUCGCACGAUGAGUAUGCGAGCUGGUCCAAGGAACGGUUGCUGGAGGGUAAAAUUACCGAGUUGCAGGAGCGGCUCAAAGAUACGGAGGAACGAUACCAUAGUUUGAAGCUGCAGUACGACACACUGUCCCAGGUACAUCGGACGUUGCGUGAGAACUAUGGUGCGAUACAGGAAGAGAGUGAAAAGCUGCAGUUCGAUAUACAACAUCUAACCAAAUGUGCAGAUGUGUUAAGGUCGGAAUUGCAAUCCGCUCGCUGCGAUCGUGAUUCUGCUAUUGAGCUGCAAAAAAUUCUACAAUCCGAGCUUGAUGAAUCGCGAAAGGAAAAGAAAAACCUGCAGGACAGUGGCGAAAAGGAUACGAAAACGAUACAGGAUCUACAGCGGCAGUGCCGAGAGAUGGAACGCAUAUUGAUGCGUAAAAAUCCAGACUCCAUUUCAGCCUUAAUCGUGGCGAGCAAGUCACCCACGGGGAAGCCCGAAUCGGACGGCUCCACCUCAACCACCUGCCGGCUGCUAGAGCAGCGAAUCGCUCAGCUGGAGGCAGACGCGAAAAAACAGGACGCUAAGGCGCAAGGUAUAUUGGCCGAUGUGCAGGCCCGCUUUAACUCGGUGCAGGCAAAGUACGAAACGCAUAUAGCCGAUCUCGAGAUGCAAGUGCUCAGUCUGCAGGAGAUCAAUUCGAAGCUGAACGAAAAGAUCAUCCGCCAAAUGGAGGAGCUUGCCAGCAUUAGCAGCCAUGCGGUCGGUACCACCGCCAGUGGUCCACCGGUGACGAAAGCCAUCAGUGCCGCACGCUUCACGCAAACCGAAACCGCCGAAGAGCCACCGGAAUGUCGGGGCCGGCGGGUCCGUGAAUCAGCUAGUGUUAAAGUGCGCUCUAUUUUAGUGCAGACUGAUGUGACUGGAACAGUGGACGCGGUCGUUACGCGGCAACCGAACGCGAAGCGUGCCCAGGCCCAGGGCAAGGAGGACGCCCAUCUGCUGGCCACCAUACGCGGUAUGCGGGUAGAUUUGGCCAUCAAGGAAAAGGCGGUACAGCGGCUAACGCGCGAAGUCGACGAGUGUAAGAAAACGAUCAAAAAGCUGCAGAAAAAGAAGGAACCGCCAGUGAUGGGACGAUGCGACAGUGGACGGUCACCAGUAAAAGUGCGGAACAAGACGACGGACAGCUGUGCGGACAGCCCAGACAGUGGCGGUCCGCUUCGGGAUGCACAGUCGAAGGUAAAAAUCCUCGAGCUGGACUACAAAGCGCUGCAGGAGAAACGGUUGCAAGAUCUGAAAACUUUACAAGCCGCCCACGAAAAAGAAUUAGCAUCCUGCCAUGAAUCGAUACGCUUUCUGCAGCAGCGGCUGUCGGAAAGCGAGGAAGAGUUGCUCCAGCGUAAGGAUAAGCAACGUCCCAACCAUAGUAACGAUUAUUACGGACUGAAGGCAAAGGUCGCAUACUUAGAACGGCGCCAUACCGAGCGUGAGCAACGUCUUCUAAUGUUGGUAGAAGCGUUAAGCAAAUAAAUGUCCGCUCGGCUCGCGUUCGUGGAUGUGCAGUCCAUGUUGGAUGUUGCAUAUAGUAGGGAUGUACUACCGCGUAACCUGAUCCCCAUUCUAGUCAAUGCAUAGUCCCCGACACGUGGCGGUACCCUUUUUGGUGCCGGGCCUUCGACAUGCGGUGUGAUGUUGAUUUAGGUGCAACGCGCAUAGAUUUGUGUUAAAUAAGAGUUUUAUGCGUAUAUAUGUAUGUGUGCGUGUGUGUUUGUGUGUGUGACUGCAUGUAUUAAGUUCUUGUAUUCUCAGCAAGACGAUUCUACCAUCGAACGGUUUUCUGGCUAAUGUUCAACAAAGAUGAAAGAGGAAACUCUCAUAACAAAAAUGACUACAUUUUAAUUGUAGUAUAAUGUAUUAAUGUUUGCAACUCUCGACAAGCCGAACAAGGUGACGGUAAAUGACAAACUAUAACAUAGCAAUAUGUUUUAAUUGAAAAAAAAUCAAUCACUAAUAGUACGUCUUUUUCCUCUCAUAAUAGAAAUCGUAAUACACUGUUGAUCAGUUUCUAUAGCCUGGUCUUAAUCACGUCAUGAAAAAUGCACAUAACAAUCGAACCCGUUAAUACUCCUUUAAAGGUAGUGUAAAAAGAAGUUGGGUAGUGUUGGAAGGUUAAGACUGAGGGUCGAGUUUUCUAAAUUCAUUAACUAAUAUUCUUCUUGGUAAGUUUUUCGGUCCGCUUGGCUGGUAAUUGCUGCAACCAAGAAUGGACUGUAGAAAGGCUACAGAAAUAGAAGCAACAGUGUAUAGAUGGAUCCCCGAUUGUUGGGACAGUAUAUUGUUUAUUCUUAUAUGUUUUAUCCAGUAGGCGAAAAAAGAGUAGAAAAGCAAACAUAUAUUUUAAAACUUUUAUUUAUAACUCCACAAGACCACAUUUAUAGAUCAAUCAAAUUAUCAUAUUAGUUCCAUUUGUUUAGAGCCGGAGUCUGUUCAUAAUUCGCGCGUUUGUUUCUCUUUUUUUAUAAUAUUGGUUACUUUUCAUAUGCCUAUGUAUAUUUCUGGAAGAUUGAGUCGUGCACUAAAACCGCGCCUAGGGUUGUAGAGAAGUGCAAAUGUUUUCGAUAACAUAAAUCGGUUUUAUCUAUAAAGUAAGCAACACACGUUUGUGUUGGAUUCAAACUAAAAAAGUAAAUAGUUUGGAAUGAAAAGUUACGAAUCACAAAAAAAUAAGCCAUGAAAAUAAAAACAUGUUAGCCGUAGUUGUAUAGACAUUUAAAUUGACCAAUAAAAUAACACAAAGAUACUAUCACAAAUUUA